UAGCAUCGAAACGCAAAAUCCGCUGGUGGCAUGCGAACGCGUCGUUAUUAUAAUACUUAAUAAUUAUAUAAUUUAAAAAAACUUCACUCAGCUAUGCAUAGAUUCCAAGACGUGGCCCGUCCAGCGGCGACGGUGGCCAGAUAUUUUGUCGGCACACCAUUAAGGAUAGUGUCUUCAUUGUGUCCCGGAGAAUAUGCUGCACCAUCGGUACACGGACCAAAGUCAAAAAAACUUCUCACUGAGCUUUCACAACUUCAGCAAUCUGAUUCGUUCAACUAUUCGCCGACUAUGACAAAUCUCUGGGUAACUACUUGGUUCAUAGUUGACGUCAAUGGUAAUGUCUUAUUGGACGUAUACACGCAAAUAUCGUCCAUGCUACUGGGUUACAACCAUCCGGACAUGAUGAAAGUGUUGGAUAGCGAUGAGAACAAAGUAUGAACGUAACCUAAUUUUGUCCCAAAAUUGAAUCACUCAAGAGAAAUAAAAUAACCAAAAUAUUGUAUUUCAUCGCCUUCUUAAAUCUGGAGUCCAAACCGGAGGAUGUGGAUUUAUAUAUAUAUCAGAAUACGACCGGCGUUAAUCAUUCAGCCACAUCAUUCUCACAUGGUCAUCGACAGACUUUGCCAGGUGUUGGCUGAAACUAAAUAGGUUCCAAGUUACAUUCUACAUUUUAUAUACGUGUGUAUUGUGUAGAAAGAGUGAGCAUCUAUUUAUAAUUUUGCGGUAUUAUUGAAAAAUAUGUCUUCUAACGUUAAAAAUGUUAACAUAAAGGUUUUUAAAUGCAAACUAGUUCUCCAAAACGGUAUCCGGUGAAUUGGUCGCGAACAAUUGAUCGCCGGUGAAUUAAUCGCGGGCGAAUUGAUCGCGAAUACAAUUGGUCGCCAAGAUAAUUGAUCGCCAAACGAACUUUUUUUAGUUUUUUAAGUAUUUUAUUA